CAGGUGCGCAUGGCAGGCCCGCAUUUCACCGUCAACGCAGGUGGAAGAACCCCAGACAUAGACAAGUCUGUUCAAUUAAGUUUCAGCAGUUACUGUUGUGUUCACUAUAACUGCAGUGUCUUUUGCUACUCAGUAUCGUUGAGUGGAUUCAUGCAAUCCUCUUAGCCUGCGCUUCUCGUCAUGCGAGCGCUAUCCUACUCCUCACAAAACCCCGGACCGUCAUGGACCGCAAGCGAAAACGCGAAUUACGUGACCUGAAUCUGCGCGUCUGGACCGGUGCGAAGGAAGUCUACGAUGUCGCAGGAUCCCUUGACUCGUCCCUCAAGAAAAACACCGCUUUUAUCAAGCGCCUACGUACUGGAAUUAGCUCCUCUGCGCAAGAGACUUUCCUCUCAGAAGUCCGAACUUUGUCGCUGCAGAAAUAUUUGUCUGAGAUCAUUUCGGCCACUGCGGAGGGGUUGAGUAGACUCAAGACCGCAAGUGAAAUCGCAACAGCGGUAGAGCUUGUCAGUGCAUUGCAUCAACGGUUCGGGCCCGAUGAGUUCACAAAGAAGUUGGCGUGGCUGCUGGGCAAGGGUUUGACCCCUCCUGACAAAGCCCAAGUCAGACUAUGGACCGCUGAAGUUCGCGAACGAGAAGAGAAGGAGCGACUACAGCGCCAUCGCAUACUCCUACGCAUUGUAACCGAGUUCUGGCUAUGUGGCGUUCUUCGGAGCCUGGACGAUGUCGACCGCCCGGACGACGCUCCAGCCAAGGGAAAAGAAACAUCGGGACAGGCAGGAGUCAGACCAACGUCUCUUUCCAACGGUAAUAAAAGUGACAACCGUAUCGAGCACGACCCAUUUCCACUGGAAGUCCUGAAGGAACUAUUGGGUCACGAUCCAGAACAUGCGAAUCUGAGCCUCGCGGUCCUUUUCGUGAAGAACUUUGCUUGGGAUAUUCUUGGUCUCAAAACACCUUCAGAGGACGGCCGCAAAAAUGUGGAUGCCGAUGGAUCGGUUAUACGGCCAGCAAAGGAAGCUGGUGGUGCAGACGAUCCAAAUGACGAAGAUGCGCCUAUCAUUCCGCCACCCACACGGCAACGUUUCGUCAACGUCCUUGAGCGCUACUUGUCCAGUGUCAAAACCCACGUUAUUCGAGAUCAGAAAUCGUUGAACAACCAGAGUCGGCGAAAUGCGGAAGCCUACGUCAAAAGUGGUGAAAUCUUCGAGGAUAGACAAGCGAACUUCGAUAGACAGGCUAAGGCACAAGAAAAACUGGUCGCAAAUGCACAGAUCCUGUGUGACAUUCUUGGAGAAGAGAUGCCGGAUCUCGAAGACAAGGAGGGAGCUGAAUCAGGCGCUACCGGUAUCGUUGGAAUGAUCAAGACAGGUGACUAUCUCAAGGGGUCAACUGAUGGGGCUGGCAUUUGGGAGGAUGAGGACGAGCGUCGCUUCUAUGAAAAUCUGGUUGAUCUCAAAGGGCGUGUGCCGGCAAUCCUCCUUGAAGAUUCGAAGAAGAAAUCUGAAGCAGAGGAGCGUGCAGACUCGAAUGGCGCUGCACCUGAAAACGGCAAUGCCAAACCCUCUGAGAGCGAUGAUCAGUCGACGGCAAUCGCAAACAAAACUGUUGGCGCUCAGGUUGAUGCUAUCCUCCUUCGACUGCCAGAACUCCAAACCAAGGAGAUGGUGGAUCAGCUUGCACUCGACUUUUGUUUUCUCAAUUCCAAGGCAUCGCGAAACCGUCUCAUCAAGUCCCUACAAGAAGUUCCGAAAGGCAGGACCGAUCUGCUACCCUUCUACGCUCGACUGGCUGCAACUCUGGGACAGUAUAUGCCAGACAUUGUCCAAGGGUUGGUUACACAUCUUGAUGACGAAUUCCGCAGUUUGCAACGGCGAAAGACGAAGGACUUUUUGGGACAGGUUCGUAUGUCCAAUAUCCGCUACCUCGCUGAGCUCACCAAGUUCGGCAUCGUCCCUGAGCAUGUCAUUUUUCACUGUUUCAAAGUCAGUCUAGAUGACUUCUCACGAAUGAACAUCGAAAUCAUCGCUCAUCUACUGGAGAACUGCGGACGCUACCUCUUACGCAGUGCGGAAACAUCUCCACGAAUGGUAUCGUUCUUGGAGACCUUGAGCCGUAAGAAAUCUGCCCAGCACUUGGGUGGUCAAGAGCGUAUGCUUAUUGAGAAUGCACUCUAUUAUGUCGACCCGCCACAGCGGUCUGCAAUUCAACAGAAGGAACGAACUCCCAUGGAGCUUUUCGUGCGCCAGAUGGUGUAUAUCGAUAUGACGAAGCGCAAUUACAUGAAAGUAUUGAAGACCAUAAGGAAGCUGCAUUGGGAAGAGAAAGAAGUCGUGCGGAUACUGGAAAAGAUUUUCAGCAAACCUGGUAAGGUCAAAUUCAGCAACAUUCACCUUCUAGCUGUCCUGCUUCAAGCCCUCUUUCGCUACCACCAGGAGUUCGCCAUCGGAACCAUCGACAAUAUCCUCGAACAGAUCACCCUAGGUCUUGAACAAAACGAGUUCAAGUUCAACCAGAGAAGAGUGGCCGAGGUCAAAUACCUGGGAGAGCUCUACAACUAUAAAAUGAUCGAUUCCACCGUCAUUUUUGAUACGUUGUAUCGCAUCGUCACUUUCGGCCACGAGAGUGGGACUCCUCAGCCCGAUAGCUACACAUCCUUCGAUCCUCCUGAUGACUUCUUCCGAAUCCGUCUUGUUUGCACGAUUCUCGACACAUGUGGGAUCUGUUUCGACCGAGGUAGCUCUCGGAAAAAGCUUGACUUCUUCUUGACGUUCUUUCAGUAUUAUAUGGCGAUCAAAGACCCACUGCCAAUGGAUAUCGACUUCCUAGUGCAAGAUACCUACACUCUUGUCCGGCCUAACUGGAAGCUUGUGACCGAAAUGGACGAAGCUGCCAAGCUCUUUGCGGAAGCCGUCAGCGCCAAUUAUAGGCAGUCGGCUGCGGAAAAAGCCGCUGAACAAGCAGAAGAUCUCGAGGAGUCGGGUUCCGAGGACGGCCUGGGUGACGGCGACGCGGAUCUCGAUGCGGAACUCCCACAAUCCUCGGACGAAGAAGGCGAGGUAAGUGAACCCAUACUCAUCAAUGACAGUCGGAUUAACCAAACUCAGGCGGGGGUUGAGGAGGACACAGCCGAAGAGAAGGAGGAUGUGGACUCGGAUGAAGAAGAACAAAUCGUCGUUUUGCGUCAAGAAGAACAGCUUGAUCCAGAGGCCGAGGCGGACUUCGACAGAGAGUUCGAGAAAAUGAUGGCUGAAAGUUUGAACUCUCGCAAGUUUGAGCGUAGGGCUCAGUUCGAUGUGCCGUUACCAAUCCGCAAGAUUCAACGACCACCGAUAGACGCGGUAGACGAAGAGCCAAAACCACCGGUGGAGACCCAGUCGAACACAAUGGCAUUCUCGCUGAUGACGAAGAAGGGCAAUCGCCAACAGACUCGAACGAUCGAAUUGCCUUCAAACUCAAGUUUUGCAGUAUCAAUGAAGUCGCAGCAGGCAGCGGAAAGAGAGGAGCAGCAGCGGAUCAAGAACCUGGUCUUGAACUACGAUCUGCGUGAAGAUGACCAGACCGAUGGACUCGAACAUUACAACCCGCCUCUCAGCCGCGCUGAGAAGUCUGGGCGCCACGUGCCUCGAGCAAGGAGACUCAAUUUGAGUGAUGUGGACUGGUAUGAAAACGCAGCACCCCUUGCUGAUGGUCCAAGUGGCAAAGGCGCACUACGGAGCCCUUUUAAGUCACCAAACAAGGAACAUCUUAAUCUGUCAAAGAAGCCAGGCUGAUUGACCAUUCUUGGUCUCAAUAGGACAUGAAAACACGGCCGCGAUUUCCAAUCCUCAUCUGUUACCUGCGAUAAGCAUUCUGGCUGAUGUAACCAACUUGCAUCGCUGCUGUGACCAUAUCGACCGGUUGAUCGAUCACCUCGACCUACCAUGACCUCGCGGCUUCGCUCCAGUCC